AUGCCCGCCAUGAGCUCCGCCUUCGAGGACGAGGACCUCUCGCUGUCCAUUUCCACCCCGACCGCGCGCCGGAGCUCCAACAACCAGCGGCCCUCGGAUGCACCCCAUGCUCCGCGCCCGUCGGGGCGCGCCGACAGCGCCUCGAUAACCAAGGUCAACCAGCGCCUGGGCCAGUACCAGAUCGUCAAGACACUGGGGGAGGGCUCGUUCGGCAAGGUCAAGCUGGCCGUCCAUGUCGUCAGCGGCCAGAAGGUUGCGCUCAAGAUCAUCGCGCGCAAGAAGCUGAUUACGCGCGACAUGGCCGGCCGCAUUGAACGAGAGAUCCAGUACCUUCAGCUUCUCAGACACCCGCACAUCAUCAAGCUCUACACCGUCAUAACCACCCCAAGCGAGAUCAUCAUGGUGCUCGAGUACGCUGGAAUCGAGCUCUUCGACCACAUUGUUGCCCACGGCAAGAUGAGCGAAGACAAAGCCCGCAAGUUCUUCCAGCAAAUAGUGUGCGCCGUCGAGUACUGUCACCGCCACAAAAUCGUCCACCGUGAUCUCAAGCCCGAGAACCUUCUGCUAGACGAGAACCUUAACGUCAAGAUCGCCGAUUUUGGUCUUAGCAACAUCAUGACUGACGGCAAUUUCCUCAAGACUAGCUGUGGCAGCCCCAACUACGCCGCGCCCGAGGUUAUCUCGGGAAAGCUGUACGCCGGCCCUGAGGUCGAUGUGUGGAGUUGUGGCGUGAUUCUGUACGUUUUGCUUGUAGGCAGGCUGCCCUUCGAUGACGACUAUAUCCCCUCCCUGUUCAAGAAGAUCGCCCAAGGCAGCUACACGAUCCCGAACUACCUAUCCUCCGGAGCCGUCCGCUUGAUCAAGAAAAUGCUCGUCGUCAACCCGGUGCACCGCAUCACCAUUGCCGAGAUCAGGCAAGACCCGUGGUUCAACAGGGAUCUGGCGCCGUACCUGCAGCUACCCGCCGAGGAGUUCUUUGACACCGGCGUUGAUCCCACCAAGGCCAUUGACCCGAACAAAUUGGGUCCUGCCCGCCCAGCGCCUGUGGUUCAACAAUUGCACGACACGGUAGUCGGAAAGCUCGGGAAGACAAUGGGUUACGCAAAAGAGGAUGUCCAGGAAGCUUUGGCCAAGGACGAGCCAAGUGCGAUCAAGGAUGCGUACCUCAUUGUUCGAGAAAAUCAGAUCAUGAAGACAAAUCCCCUGCUAUCACAGGAAAAGAGCUUGCAGCCAUUCCUUGCCACCUCACCGCCCAACUAUGACCCUAGAGCCAUUGGAACACCUUUGAACUCACAGCUAGGCGCGCCAGUGCCCUCGGGGCCCAUAAACACCGAGAGACAGCGGCACGGAUCGAACGCAAGCAACGCCACGAGCAUUAACGAGCACCGCAGCCCCGUCAGCACCAUUGCUAUCCUCCCGAGCAGCCUUCCUGACUUCCAUCGCGCGUAUAUGAAGGGCCAUCCGAAGCCAAAUACUUCCCCAGAACCCAUUGGGUCGCCCAAGGAGCAAUCUGCGCAAGAGAAGGCUGCUACCGCAAGACGCCUCAAGCCUCAUGCGCGAUCUCGAGCAGAUAUGGAACGGUCUGGGAUGCGCCCCGAGGCAAUGACUCCUAUUACGGAAGUUCAGAAGAAGAAAAACAAGCCGAUCAAAUGGCAAUUUGGUAUCCGGAGCAGGAAUCAGCCGGCCGAGGCUAUGUUGGCCAUCUACAAGGCACUGCGUGCCAUGGGAGCGGACUGGGAAGUCCCAACUUUCAGGCGGCCCGGUGGUGGAAACAGCAGCAGUGACGAAUCUCCAGGUCGUAGCAGAUCAGGUUCACGCGGUGGCUCCACGGAUUCCCUGGCCCAGAGAUUGCAGGAAGGCGGUGUUAUCGACUCAAGCUCCGAGCUGGAUGUCGCGGAUGAGAUGGCAGACGCCAAUGGACAGGCGCGAGGUGACGGUUCUCGUGAACGCGGCCGUGCACGCAAAAAUCAUGGACCGUGGAACGAUUUUGGCUACGGCAUCCCAGAGGACCCAUGGGUUAUCAACGCACGUUUCCGUAAGGAAGGCAUGUUUCCGCCUGGCUUGAAUCAUCCAUCAUCCACGCACUCGUCGCGUGUUGAUCUCCACGAGCACCCCCAGGUACGCAGCCGCAGCUCCAGCCUUACUUCGCCCUCAAUCCACCAUGACGAUCACUCGCACUCUGGCUCGAUUCCUCAGAGCAGUAGCCGAGGAACUUCGGCCGCAGCUUCAGUCGCCGGAGAAACUGCCCGCUGGCCUGACGCCGAUGACGCAUGCUACGUGUAUCUCACCAUUCAACUGUACAACAUUGAGCCGGGCUUCUUCCUUGUCGACUUCAAGUGUGCGGGCUACGAACGCCUGAUUCCACACCUCAUCCGGGAGAUGCGCCUCCAGAGCAAGGACGGCCAGGAAGAGUGGCGGAAGCUUGCCGAUGGCGAGGAGCCGCCCACUGCAGCUGGUGAGGGAGAGAACGGAGAGCACGUGGAGAAAGUGGAGAUAAGACAACGCCUUGAGGUCAUCGGCGCAGGACGAGCGAGCGAAGAGAAGAGGGCAACCAGUCCGUUCCCCUUCUUGGAUGUGGCAAGCAGGCUCAUCAUCCAGCUUGCGCAAACGAACGACUAG